CAGAAGACCAUAGCCUGGAGAAUGCACUUUCCCAGUUGGAAGAGGAACAACAAAGGUGUGAAGGUCUGGCUGAAGUAAACACCCUCUUGCGGAAACACCUAGAUAAAGCAAAUGAGGUGAAUUCAGCUCUUAAAGAAGACGUUGGAAAACUGACGGCAGAUUGGAUGAGGGCGCGUGAGGAGCUGGAGUUGAAGGAGAAUGAAUGGCGUAGUGAACGUGAGCUUUAUGACAGCUACCUAAAAGGUGAACAUAGCCGUCUUCUCAGCCUCUGGCGCCAGGUGGUGACCUUUCGCCGUCAUUUCCUAGAAAUGAAGACUGCCACUGACCGAGAUUUGUCAGAACUGAAGGCAGAGCAAAUGAGACUUUCUGGAUCUAUACUUGUCAACUGCUUCCAACUAAAUUCUGGCGUACAGCUCUGGGAGUCCCUCACUUUGGGAAGACCUGUUUUAAAGGAUCAGACAGAGAAACAGGUGGAAAAGGAAAUAAACCAGAAGACCUGGGAAGUGAUGAGCUUUCAAGUUAAGGGGGACCUUGAGAAAAAGGAACUUCAAGACAGGGUGAUGGAGCUCUCAGCCUUGCUUGUACAGUCACAGAAGCAGAAUGAGGAGAAGGAGAAGACCAUGAAGACACUUAACGACACUGUGGAGAUUCUAGAGGCAAGUAGGUUGGAGGUGGAGUAUGAAGCCUCGUUGACUCAGAAUGCCAAAGAGGAGAAUCUUUCCCUUCAAAAGUUGAUAAAAGAUAUCAUUGAGGUGGUGUUAGAUGACGGCACAGUCAGCAAUGGCUACACUGACAGUUCUCAGUACCCAGAGUAUAGCAGCAUCCCUUCUUACCUGAGCUCUGACAAUGCAGAAUAUGUCCUUGUGUUGGUGCAGGAAGUGGUGGCAAGGAAGCGAAGAGUAACACAGGCUCUAAAAGAUGAGCUUUCUGCCAAGCAGAACUCUCUCAGUUUCCUGCAGCACCAACACAAACAGCAGGAAGAGGAGUGCAAGAAGUUGCAGCAAAGACUUGAGCAGCUGGAGGAGGAGAGUAAACUGAGCAGUAACCAGCGGCAGCACCUCCAGUCUCUGGUAGAAGGACUCAGAAGUGACUGUGCAAACCUAGAGAGAAACAGGGAAGAGCUACAGCAGCAGCUCAAAGUAACUGAACAGGAAGUUUGGUGCCUGCGUCAAAGUGACACUGAACUGCGGCCAAAGGAAGAUUCUGCCCAAGGGGAAAAACUGGAGGAGCAACAGACAACAGAAAGAGAGCAUCAGGACCGAGAACUUCUUCAGAAGGACUUAGCUGCACUUGAAGCAAAACAUUCAUUAUUACAGAGUGAACUGAUAGUUGCAAGAGAGACACUGGAGAAAUCCCAACUUCAUAGAGAUCUGCUGAAGCAAGAGAAACAUGAGCUUACAAAGGCAUUGAAAAAGGCAGAACAGUUGGUAGCAGAGCAGUCAGGAGCUCAGAAUAAGCUGAGAUCUGAAACAGCGGAUCUACGUGUUGCAACAGCAAAGAUGAGUAGUAUUAAUGAAGCUCUGGCAUUAGAUAAAGUGCAGCUGAACAAGCUUGUGCUACAGCUGGAACAGGAGAAUGAAGUCCUGUCAGAUAAAGUGGAAGAGAUGGAGAAAACAAAGAUCUCUGUGCAGGAGAGACUGAACUCGUGUAAAAUGACAAAUGAAGAGCUCUGCACAGAGAAAGCCCACCUAGAGCAGCAGUUGAAGAAAGCACAACACCAACAGGAGGGACUAGAGGUAAAACUGAGGAUACUGGCAGAGGAGAAGGAAGAAAUUCAAGAGAAACUCAAUCAGAUUUGCCACCAGCAGGAGUCAGCUAGCAGUGAUUUGGAGCAGUUGCGCCAGGAGUCCUCUCACCAAGCAGAUGUUCUGACCAAGAUGUCCAGAGAGAAGGAAGUCCUGGUACAUGAGAAGGCUGCGCUAGAGGUGCGACUGGCAGCUAUGAAACGGGACAGACAAGAUCUUUCAGAGCAACUGGCAGAGGCCAGGUCGAUGAAAGACAUCCUGGAAUCCAGCCUGUUUGAGGCUCAGCACCAUUUGUCUCAGCUGGAAGUCACUAGGAGUCAGCUGGAAAUCCAACUUCAUACAGUCACUCAGGCCAAGGAGGUGAUACAAGGAGAAGUGAAGUGCCUUCAUUGUGAGCUGGAAGCAGAGAGAUCUCGAAUGAAGCAGGAACAGGAAAGCAUGGCACAGCAGCUCCUGCAGACUGAACAGAAGUAUAAUGAUGUCCUCAGGCUUCAGCAAACUGGUCAUGAAGUUGAAAUAAACAAGCUGCUGCAAGACCUGGCAAGUGAGCAGGAAGGGCACCAUUCAGAGCUACAAGAGAUGCUGGAGCGCUGGGAUAAGGAGAAAGCAGAGGCAGAAGAAAAGCACGAGAAGCAGCUGUUGGAUAUGAGGCAGAAGGUUGCUGCCAUGCAAGUUCAGCAAGAAGAGGAACGAAAUAGAGCUGAAACUGCCAAGAAAGAGGUCCUGCUAGAAAAAGAGAACGAGAAGAAGGCUUUGUUAGAGACACUCCUUCAGACUCAAGGAGAGCUAACAGAAGCCUGCAAGCAGCUAGAGCAACUCAGGCAGGAUGUGAAAGAGCAGCAAGAGAAUGGACAGAACAUCACACAAAAGUUGCAAGCAGAACUGCAGGAAGCUCAGAGUAAGAUCACGACCAUGGAGAAUAGGCACAUGGAAGAAAUCAAAACCCUCAAAGAGGAAAUGAAUGUCCUUCUUCAGCAGAGAGACGCUCUACAGAAAAAGGUAGAAGAGUUGAAAUCUCAAUUAGCAGUCUCUGAAGAGUCCUGGCAAAUAAUUAGCCAUGAAGCUCAGGAGCAUCUGCAUGAGGCACAGGAAUUGUCUAGGCAGAAGAUGCUAGAGGUUGUGCAGCUUGAGAAGAUGCUGGAGGAGGAAAGGAGCCAGUGGAAAGAGGUAGAACAUCAGAACAAAGAGCUGCAAGUUUGUCUGCAGUCCUUGGAGGGAGAAAGAAGUCAAUGGGAAGAAGUACAGCGUCAUAACACGGAAAUUCAGGCUUCACUGAAAGCCCUAGAAAGUGAAAGAGCCAGGCUGACUCUGUCUCUGGAAAAAAAGGAACUAACCCUCAGAACCCUAGAAGAAAACAGCGUUUCCCAGCAGAAUGAGGUGUCUAAAUUGCUGUCUGCCAUUAAUGAGGCCCAGCAGCUCCAUUCAGACCACAGAAGAGAGAUACAUGAGCUCAACAACCAGGUUCAGUCACUGCAGGAAAUGAUGCUUGAAAAAGAGGCUGGCCUGGUGACUCGGGAGAAGCAGCUGUUAGAGGAUCUAGAGCAGUCCCGAGCAGGUGAACGAUGCUUGAGGGACUCUUUGAGAGUGCUGGAGGCUGAGAUGUCUGAACUUCAACUGAGGCUCUGUAGCACAGAGAACAGAGCAAAGGCAUUGGCUACAGAGUGCCAGCAGGCUAACAGUGCCCACUGUGAAGCCCAGGCCCAGCUGGACCAACUGCAUUUGGUUCUCCGUCGCAUGCUUUGUGACAGCACUGAUACCAGCAGAGACUUGGUCACUCGGACUUCAGAACAGGAUCAUGCCUGGGCCUUAACUGUUUCUCAGGCCAGGGAUCUCCCCGUAGACAUCACAGUGGACAGAGUGGCUGCAGUCUUACGAGAUCUACACCAGGAUCUGAAGCACACUCAACAAGAUUUGAAUGAUGCCAGAAAAAAGUCACAGGAGCUGGAACUGGAGCUGAACAAGAGGCUGUUUGAGAGGGAUCACUUCAGUGCACGCAAUCUAGAGUUACAGAAACUGUUGGCCCAAAGCCAGGAAGAGACACGGGUGGCGGAAGACAAGAAAAACUCUCUGCAAGCUGCCUUGCAGGAAGAGGCUGUUGCUCUAAAGAAGGAGGUUGUGACCCUACAUCAAGAAGUGACAUCUUUGGAAAGAAGACUUGAGAGCUCUGAGAAGCAAAGAAAGGAAGUCCUGCAUGAGCAAGACACACUGCAAACAGUUAAGGAAGAAAUGGUGUGGGAGAUAAAACUUCUUCAGGAAUCUGUCACAGCCUCUGAAGCUCGAGCAAAUGCAGCAACAAAUAUGAAACACUCCCUUGAACAAGAACUUCAAAGUACAUUAUCUGUCCUGACAAUUAAAAACGAGGAAAUGGUGGCUCAACAGGAGAAAAUCCAGAUGCUCCAGAAGGAGGUAGCAGAGGCGAAAGCUUUGCAGGAAAAUCUUACUCACCUGACAGCCAUCGUAUCAAAGAGGGAGGGAGAAAUUAAAUUGCAUGAGGAAAAGAUCAGAAUGCUGGAAAAUCAAAACAAAAUGCUUCAAAGUACUUUAGAUGACGUUAUUAAAGAUAAAACAGAGAAAAAAAAGAAGAUAGAAUCCCAGCAAGGACAGAUACAGGAACUGGAGAAGCAGCACAAAAUGCAGUCAAUUACUAUAAGCAAAAUGGAGAAGGACCUGGAAGAGCGAGACCAGGAGAUGAAAACCCAGCAAGAACAGAUAGAAGAGCUGCAGAAACAGCAAGAAAUACAGAGGAGUGCUCUAACUAAGACAAGCAAGGACAUGCAGGAGAGGGACUGGGAGAUUAGAUCCCAACAAGAACGCAUACAGGAGCUACAGAAGCAGCGGGAAAGACACAGGAGUGCUCUAAGCAACACCAGGAAGGACCUGGAAGAGAAAGAGGAAGAGAUCAGAUCCCAUCAGGAAAAGAUACAGGAACUAGAGAAGCAGCAGGAACACCAGACUAUUACUGUAGGAAAAAUGAGGAAGGACCUAGAGGAGAGAGACCAAGAGAUCAGAACCCAGCACGAACAGAUACAGGAGCUGGAGAAGCAGCAAGAAAUACAGAGUAUUUCUAUAGGAAAGAUGAGGAAGCAUCUGGAGGAGAGAAACCAGGAGAUCACAUCCCAGGAGGAACGAAUACAGGAGCUGGAGGAACAGCGUGAAAUACAGAGGACUGCUCUAAGCAAGAUGAGGAAGGAUCUGGAGGAGAGAGAUCAGGAGAUCGGAUCCCUGCAAAAACAAAUACAGGAGCUAGAGGAGCAGCGUGAAAUGCAAAGGAGUGCACUAAGUAAGAUGAGCAAAGAUGUGGAAGAGAGAGGCCAGGAGAUCAAAUCCCAGAAUGAUCAGAUAUGGGAGCUAGAGAAGCAGCGAGAAAUACACAGUAUUACUGUAGGAAAGAUGAGCAAGGACCUGAAAGAGAGAGACCAAGAGAUCAGAACCCAGCAGGAACAAAUAUGGGAACUGGAAAUGAAGCAAGAAAUGCAGAGGAGUUUUCUGAGCCAUACCAAAAAGAAUCUGGAGGAGAAAGACCAGGAGAUCAGAUCCCAGAAGGAAAAGAUACAGGAACUGGAGAAGCAGCAGGAACACCAGACUAUUACCAUAGGAAAGAUGAGGAAAGAUGUGGAGGAGAGAGACGAAGAGAUCAGAAACCAGCAAGAACGCAUACAGGAGCUGGAGAAGAAGCAAGAAAUACAAAGGAAUGCUCUAAGCAACAGCAGAAAGGACCUGGAAGAGAAAGACCAGGAAAUCAGAUCCCAACAUGAAAAGAUAAAGGAGCUAGAGAAGCAGCAGGAACAUCAGACUAUUACUGUAGGAAAGAUGAGGAAAGAUCUGGAGGAGAGAGACCAAAAGAUCAGAACGCAGCAUGAACAGAUACAGGAGCUGGAGAAGAAUCAAGAAAUACAAAGGGAUGCUCUAAGCAACAGCAGAAAGGACCUGGAGGAGAAAGACCAGGAAAUCAGAUCCCAACAUGAGAAGAUAAAGGAGUAUGAGAAGCAGCAGGAACACCAGACUGUUACUGUAGGAAAGAUGAGGAAAGAUCUGGAGGAGAGAGACCAAGAGAUCAGAAAUCAGCAAGAACAGAUACAGGAGCUGGAGAAGCAGCGACAAGUACAAAGGAAUGCUCUAAGCAACACCAGCAAGGACCUGGAGGAGAAAGACCAGGAGAUCACAUUCCAGAAGGAAAAGAUACAGGAGUUAGAGAAGCAGCAGGAACAUCAGACUAUUACAGUAGGAAAGAUGAGGAAGGAUCUGGAGGAGAGAGACCAGAAGAUCAGAACGCAGAAUGAACAGAUACAGGAGCUGGAGAAGAAUCAAGAAAUACAAAGGAAUGCUCUAAGCAACACCAGCAAGGACCUGGAGGAGAAAGACCAGGAAAUCAGAUCCCAGAAGGAAAAGAUACAGGAGUUGGAGAAGCAGCAGGAACACCAGACUGUUACUGUAGGAAAGAUGGGAAAGGACCUAGAGGAGAGAGACCAAGAGAUCAGAAUGCAGCAAGAACAGAUACAGGAGCUGGAGGAGCAGCAUGAAAUGGAGAGGACUGCUCUAAGCAAGAUGAGGAAGGAUCUGGAGGAGAGAGAUCAGGAGAUUAGAUCCCUGCAAAAACAAAUACAGGAGCUAGAGUUGCAGCAUGAAAUGCAAAGGAGUGCUCUAAGUAAGAUGAGCAAAGACGUGGAAGAGAGAGACCGGGAGAUCAAAUUCCAAGAGAGGAAAAUGAUGGCGCUAGAAGAACAUGGUGCAUCACAAGUAAGUCAUCUGCUAGAGGAACUCGAUCAUAUGAAGACAAACUUGAAGGAGAAAAACUUAGAGCUCAUGUCUCAGGCUCAGCAGGCCCAUGAACUGGAAAUGAAGAGAGAAGAAGUGAAAUCUCUACAUGCAGACCUAGAACAUCUGUGGGCAGUUCUCAGGAACAGAGAAGGUGAGACUGAGUCUCAAAGGGAUCAGUUAAGAUGUUUUCAGCAGUACAAGGAACAGCAGGAUGGGUACCUACAAGAGCUGCACGGUGAAUUAGUAAAGGUGACACUUUCUGUAUCUGAAAGAGAUCAAAAGCUUGAAUUGCAGCAAAAACAAAUCCAGGAAUCUGAAACAGCCAUGGAAACCAAGUUAAAGACUGUCCAUGACCAACUGGAGCAGACAUUAGAAACUUUAAAAGAGAAGGACAAGCACCUAGAGAGGCAGAUACAGCAAACAAGGAAAUAUGAGGAAAAAACAGAAAACCAGAUGAAAGUUUUACAUAGAGACUUGGAAGACUGUAAGGCAAUUUUGAGAGAAAGAGAAUUCAUGAUUGAGUCUCAGAAGAAUCUGAUUGAGACCUUCCAAAAACAAGAAAGAGACUCUGAACAGCAGAGGAAAAUUCUGGAACAUCUUAAAGUGACAGUAAAGGAACAAGAGCAAGAAAAUGCCUCCCUUAAGAAGCAAUGUGAGGAAUACAAGGAAAAGCAGAAGCAGCACAAAGCUGAGCAAGCAAAUCUUCAAGAAACAGAAGCAAUUCUGAAAGAGAGAGAAAGAAAGAUAGAGCUCCUGGAAGAGGCUAUUUUUAAGCUUCAGCAGCAAAAAGAAGAGACAGUGAUGCAGACUAAAGCUUUACUAAAUAAACUAAAAGAUGCUGAAUCUUCUCUAGAAGCUAGAGAGCAGGAGAUCAUGUCUUUACAAAAGCAUGUCCAGGAGCUUCUAGAGCAGAAGGUAUUAGAUGGCAAACAGGCUAAAGAUCUACAGGAUGUAGAUAAAAUGAUCCAGACAGUGAAAAGCAAGAGUUCGGAGUUCCUCAGUCAGAUAAAACAAAUUAACAUGUACCAUCUUCGUGAAGAAAGUAUGAAAGUAGCACUAACAUCUUGCCAAAAGCAAGUGAGUCUGCUUGAGGAAAUGGUGAAGAGGAGAGAUGAAGACAAUGAAACUCUUAGACGAAAACUUCAGCUCAAAGAAGAACUGAAGACCUCGCAAAAUCUCCAGGUUAUGCUGACUGAAGAGAAAGAAGAGAAUAGAUAUCCCAGAGAGCAAGAGAAGCUCCUGGAAGAAAUCUUAAAUGAGAGAGAGCAAAAGACUAAGGCUCAAGGUGAACAAAAGCGAUUGGAGAAAGAGGCAAUGAGAGGUCUUCAGGAAGAUCUGCAGCAUGUUCAGCAUACUCUGGUCAAGAAGGAUGAAGAGAUCAAAUACCAGAGAGAGAGAGUUAGGUAUUUAGAGAAGACUCUGACAAGGAGAGAGCAAGAACUUCGGAAGCAGAGUGAAUUCCUGAAACAAUUAACGUCAGCUUUGCGAUGGAAAGAUGAAGGGGAGACUCUAAAGAAAAAAAUUCAGAAACUCCAAAAAUGGGAGGAAGAAGAAGCGGAAAAGAAGAAAGUUCUCCAGGAGAGAGACCAUUUCCUGAAAAGGCAGAAUGAGCUAGCCCAACAACUGGAAGAUGAGAGGAAAGUAAAGGGAAAGGAAUUGGAACGUGUGACUGCUAUUUUGAAGCAGACAGAAAGUGGAGAAAUAGAAUGGAAAGAGAAGGCCCAAACACUGACUCUUGCCCUUACAAAGAGUGAAAUGGCCAAUAGCUCUUUAAGGGAAGAAAUAGCCAUUCUACAGAAUAUGGUUUCAGAGAGGGACAAGGACCGGUUUCACUUUCAGCAAGCUAGUGCAGAAAGAGAACUGUUAUCGUGGCUCUUUGAGAAAAGACUCAUGCAGCAACGUCUGGAAUCUCUGCAGCGAGCGGUUGCAAGACUGGAACAUGAGAAAACUGAGCUGAAGCAACUCAACGCUGAGCUCAGAAGGACUCUUGAUCAGGUGGAGCGUGAACGGAGGAGACUGAAGAGGGAUUAUACUGGUCAGUCACUACCGGAUAUGUGCAAGUUUUCUCUUUCUGAGUCAGACCAGGACAAGAUGCCUGCUUCUGAACAGGAGGAGGCUCAUGCUCUCUGCAGACGAUUAACUGAGUUACAGAAUCAGGUGUCCCUUCUGCAGAAGCAGUUGGCACGGGAACGAAAAUAUAAACAGGACUAUGUUGAGUGCUGCGCGAAGACCAAUCAGGAACUGUUAGACCUUCACCAAGAGCUGUCCUACUCCUUAGAAGCUGUGGUCAGGGAGCCCAGAGCUGCUGUUCUGGAGGCAGAGACUCAGAAGCUGGAUCGGUCUCUGAAUCAUAACUUGGCAUUAACACUUGUGGACUGUCAGUCUCCUGAGAAACAGCUGCCGCAUUCGACAGCUGGAACUGCCAGGUGUGAUGAGCUGAUGUAACCAGGGUACAGGAGGUGAACUAUGGCAGGGGAAUUUAAUGGAAUCACGAGUUCUGAGGUAAGACAGAAGCUCAGAGCAUGGUGUUCACUGUGACAGCUACCCCAUUGGAGCAGUGCUGGGAUAGACUGGUGCAGGCUUGUGUGGCUGGGGUUGAUCAUAUGCCUGGGAAGUGGGGGGAUAAAUGUGAUGAGCAGGUAGAAUCAUCUUCCUUUCCUGAUGCACUCCAUGGCAUGCUUCAUCAGGGCCUAGGUAGCCCUCCAAGUGUUAGGUCAUACCUGCCAACUUACGUACUGUUUACAAAGAUUUUUUUGUGUGUUAUU